CUUUAACCCACUGGGCCCCCAGGCGCCCCUGGAAUUCCUGGUUUCUAAGUUACCAAGUGGUUGCUCGAACAAACGCUUUGCCUUAGACUUCCCUCGGUGGUUCUGCUGCGACAGUGACGGGGAGCCCGCCUCACGGAGGACCGCGCACCCAGGCCACCCUCACCCCACUGUGCUCGGCUUCUGGGCACUUUGCGGUGACCGCGAGCACGUUGGAAUUCGUGUCCCUGGGAAGUUACACACCUUUGUGGUCAAGCUCUUGAGAUGGAUUUGGAUCAACUGGACCUGAACCCCAGAAUCAUCGCCGCGGUCAAGAAAGCCAAACUGAAGUCGGCGAAGGAGGUUUUGCAUUAUUCCGGACCAGACUUGCAGAGACUGACCAGCCUGUCCAGCCUCGACGUGCAGCAGCUGCUGAGAACGGCCUCCUCACGCCUGCGCGGCCGCGGUGUCACCACAGCGCGGCAUCUGUACCAGCAGACCCAGAGCUGUCCUGCACGGUCCCGGCGCCUGAGCCUGGGCUGCCCCGUGCUCGACGGGCUUCUCCGCGGCGGCCUGCCCUCCGACGGCCUCACCGAGCUGGCCGGCCCCAGCUCCGCCGGGAAGACCCAGCUGGCCCUGCAGCUCUGCCUGACCGUGCAGUUCCCGCGGCGGCACGGGGGCCUGGAGUCCGGGGCCGUGUACAUCUGCACGGAGGACGUCUUCCCCGACCUGCGUCUGCAGCAGCUCAUCGCUCAGCAGCGGCGCCUGCGGACGGACGUCCCGGGAGACGUGGUCGACAGGAUGAAAUUUGGCGACCAGAUCUUCAUCGAGCACGUGGCCGACGUGGACGCCCUGCUGGAGUGUGUGAGGAAGAAGGUGCCUGUGCUGCUGUCUCGGGGGAUGGCCCGUUUGGUGGUCAUCGACUCCGUGGCAGCCCCGUUCCGCUGUGAGUUUGACAGCGCGGCCUCGGUCCCCAGGGCCAGGCGUCUGCAGGCACUGGGCGGGGCCCUGCGCUGGCUGAGCUGCACCUUCCGGAGCCCGGUGCUCUGCAUCAACCAGGUGACAGAAGCCACAGAGGAGCAGGGCGCGGCCCCCGGGCCACAGAGCCCCUGGGACGAGCGCGUCUCCCCGGCUCUUGGAAUGACCUGGUCCCAACAGCUCCUGAUGCGGCUGAUGGCAAGCCGACAUCGGCCAGAGGAGGGGGGCGGCGCCACGCCUGGCCGCCCGGACCGCACCCUGAGGGUGAUCUUCGCCCCCCACCUGCCCCCCUCAUCCUGCUCCUACACAGUCAACGCAGAGGGAGUGCGAGGGACUCCGGGGACCGAGUCCUGCUGACACGGCGCCCAUGGAGUGCGUGGCCAGAUCAGUGGCGGGUGCUGGCCAAGCCCUCCCUGCUCUGCAGGCACAAGGGCCUGACGGGGACUCGGCACGCCCGUUGCUGGGUCACCGGGUCUGGGUGGGCGACCCCCACCACGGCAGGGAGGCAGUGCACACGGAGGAGCCACCGGCGAGGCCUCCCCACGGUGGGCCCUGGACCCCUUCGCCACAGCUCGCUCUGCGCCAGGCUCUGGCCUAGGUAGUAAGUCCUCCCCACCGGCCCUGGGGUGGUCUCAGGGUCACUGAGGCACAGAACACACAAGUGACUUGGCCAUCAUCCCGCCCGGGCUCGUGCCGGAAGACAGGCGCGCACCUGACCCAGUACUGGAGGUGGAGGCAGAAAUCCCUGGAACUGGGCAGACUCUGUUUGGACAUUUUCUAGAGCAGAAACACUCAUUUGUCAUUUCUAUCCCAUUUUUAAAAUAGUCUGUGGCCCUCCAAAGGUCAGGAAUGACUGGUGUAAAUAGGAGAAAGGCCUUCUGGGUUGCAGUUUUAUAAAAGAGCCUUUGUACAAGUGCGGGAACUUCACAGCAGGAAAUAAACCAUUUUAUUUUUGUAAUUAAA